GAAGAUAACGCGCUUUUUCGGAGUACAUCACGACCCUCCGUAUCGGCGUCCAUUUCAAGACACAACACCAGUAGCGGUAGUCAGUCCAGUUCCUCACACUCCACGGAUCCGGAGGGUGCAGGCAAGUCGGACAGCCUGGCACUCCAGGUAACAAAGGAAGCAGUGAGAGCACACUGGAUGGCACGGAGGGCUGGGGCAUUUUCCACACCAACAAAACCAGUAAAGGAGCCAUUGCACCACACAGAUCUCCUGGGGGCUCUCAAGUCGGGUUUGAUCCGACGGGUCUCGACCUCUGGCGACUCCAAGGACCCCGAAGGUGCACCGGUCCCGAAACAGAAGGCUGAGGAAACACCGCCCCCACCCUUGGUAUCCGGCGCCGGCCUGGUCGGUUACGAGGAUAGUGACUAG